UUUUCCCAGCACUAUUUUCGCUAUGAAACUUAUGUAGUUUCUUAGCGGAUUGUUAAUAUAGUAUUAUUUUAAGAAUACUAUAGGAUUACUCAGCCACUUAUGUGCAUAAACAUGUGAAAGAAACAAAUGCUUCAAAUUCGCGGCGAAAGGAGGAAGAAUUGUUACGCUUUCGUUAGAUUAAGUUCGCCUUUGUACAUUUGCAACAUGACAUUAAAACAAGCUGUUUACUUUCUGAAAAGACGAUUUGAUGACAGUGAUGCAAAGUCGCCUCUCAGUUUUAAGUACAUCGGAAUGCUGAGUUUCAUGUUAAGCUCCAUCGGCUGUUGGCCGCACAGGCAGUUCGGCCGGCGCCGGCUGGACUUUAUACUGUCCAUGUACAAUAUGCUGUUGAUCGCCAUAGCCAUGGCUUUACCGAGUUUGGGUGCAACCUACAUCUGGUACAAGAGAGAGACGAUUUCGUUCUUCGAUGCGGGGCACGUGCUUUUAUGCAUGUUUUUAGAAUUCUUGUUUUUGAUACAUACGCAGAUCCACAACAUAUCAACGAUAUUCACAUUUUACAUGAUCUGUCAGAUGUUCUGUGGGUUAUGCCUGUUCACUUUCAUGCCGUGGUACAACAACUACAACAACGGAAUGUUCGGUCCGGACCGGCCCGCCAACCGCACCUUUGAGCAAGCUGUCUACUUUCACUGCUUCACCGAAGACGUGUAUACUACCAUAAAAGGAUACUGGGUUCUCUUCGUAUUCAACAUUCCUACCACCUAUAAUACUUCAUGUGGCGUCGUCGCCUUCGACCUCCUGAUCUCCCUUAUAGUCUUUCAAAUUUGGGGGCAUCUUAAAAUUUUGAAACACAAUUUGUCAAGAAUUAUUCCGAAGGACGGCAUGUAUUCAACAGAAGAGAAUAUGAGAGUCCGAGAGAUAUUAAAGGAAAUCAUUGAAGACCACAAAUUUAUCAUAAAGUUUGUGGACAAGUGCUCCGACGCGUUUAGUGACGAAUUGUUUGUAUUUUAUUUGCUGAUGCAACUCCUGACCUGCACAUUAUUGCUUGAGGUUUCCUCUCUGACGGCAGACGCGCUGGCUAAAUACGGACCGUUAACUCUAGUGGUGCACCAACAAUUGAUUCAAGUUUCUAUACUUUUCGAAAUGAUAAGUACUAAGAGCGAGCAGCUGAUUGACGCCGUGUACGCGAUGCCGUGGCAGUGCAUGGACGCCAGCAACCGCAAGACUGUGAUGGUCCUGCUGCAGAGGGCGCAGACCCCCAUCACGCUCAAGGCCGCCAAGAUGGUACCCGUGGGAUUGCGGACCAUGGCUGCGGUCCUGAAGACAUCAUUUUCCUAUUACAUGAUGCUGAACGCCGUGGCCGGGGAGCGUUAAGGCACAGAAUACCACGCACUAAAUUUAACUAUACCCACCGUCUUUUAAAAAUCUUUUGUCUUCAAAAAAGUCUCCACUUAAGGUGCAGUGAGUUGGCCCACCUCUGAAGGCAGCUGGCUGAGCACUGAACGGACGGCCGUGCUGCGUGCCAGGGAUCGCGGAUAUCAAUGUUAUUGAGUGAUUACUAAUUUUAAAAGCAAUUUUCAUGUUACCUAAUAGCUUUUCUACAACACACACACACACACUUACACUUACACUUUCUUUAAAACUAUAUUAGAAGGCGAAAUCGAAGCUAGGAGAGGAAGAGGAAAACCGCGAGCAAGCUAUACACAACAACUAAAAGCAAAAGCAAAUGUCGUGUCUUACAGGGACUCAAAGAACCGAGGACCGCGAAAACUGGCGCAUACUCCACCGACAAGAUCGAGCCAUGUUACUGAACCCACUUCAACUUAUUUAAUUACACAAACGGGUCUACUGCGAUAUACUUUCAUUAUUUUUACUUUAAAUUCCCCGGCAAAAAUGUCGUUGGUAGGUCUACCAACGUUUAUGCAUAAAAUGCCAGAGUAUCAAGUGCCACUUCAACUUUUAAAAAAAGCUGCACCAUUUCCAAAACUAAAAAGUCAUUCCUUCGUGAAAUGUAGAUUUGUUGUUUUUUUUUUAGCAACGAUUAUUUCAAAUUCCAUUAUAAUCAAACCCACAUUUCGGGGGGUUUUGCUGGGUUUUUUGCAAACGAUAAUACUUAAAUUCCUUGGUGGAAUGUGGGUUUUGUGCAAACAAUGAUAAUCCAAUGACAAACAACGUGGGCAAAUGCGACGUCCUGACUUUUUGACCCGGCCGGGCCGCGGAGAUAAAGUUUUAUUACGCAAAACUGUUUUCUACGUAAUGUUUUUAGUAAGUAAGCAAAUAUACCUUAUUGAAUACAAAAGGAAAUAAAUUAAUAAUGAAAUGAAAAUGUAAAAAAGAAGUUUUCACUGUGUUUAAUUGAGGUUAACGUCAUCUAGCGUUAUUUGAAACCCCCAAGCACAUCACUGUUAGUACUCGAGUUAUAUUAUACCAGUUGGAGGGAAACUCACUAGAUGGCAUUUAAAUCAAUAAAGAAAAUCGCAAUGACACGUGACGUCACGUCUUAGGUACGUCUUACGCUCUCGCGAGUUUAACAUUUUUUCCCCAUCACAAAAAGUGCACAGCGCCGCUAAAGUUUUCACUUCAAAAAAUAUUUCAGGCAUUUAGUGCUAUAGAUAUAUAUAUUUUAAAGCUAAAAAUAAAUAAUAAUAUUAAUAAUAUAUAAAUACAGGUAGCAACAGGUGCAAAAUAGAUAUAUUUUAAAGCUAAAAAUAAAUAAUAAUAUAUAAAUACAGGUAGCAACAGGUGCAAAAUAGCUGCCGAGCGGGCCGUAGACGGGGCUUACCUGAACCACUGUGCACUACUGACACAUAUUCGGAAAUAGUUAUGUCGGUAGUUAUUAUAAAAAUGUUGUGUGUGUAAGUGUAGGUACUACAAUUGGGUACAUCCCCGGUGAACCACUUCAGCCUCGAUCCUACGAGCGAGCUAAACUCCGCCUCCCAUAGAGAUAACCAAUUACGAUGCAUUUAGGAUUCUUUAUCUUAAUAAUGAAAAGGGUGAAAAGGUAAGGAGACAAACAAUGGGUAGUAAGGACAGUUUAUUAGUUGUUGUUGUUUAGGCUAAGCUUCGCCUCCCCAUAAAUAUAACCAAUUUGGAUGCAUUUUGGAUUCCUUAUGUUAAAUUUGCAAAUGCCGGCCGUCACAAUAAACAUUCAAAUCGUCAAAUAAACUUUACCUGAGCUAUCCUUUUUUUUGCAACACCCACAUUGUUAAGUGCCAUGCUAUUGGUCAUCACUUAAUUUUAUGAUACCGCCUGGCCGCCUGUAAGACGUUUAAACGAUUUUUGGCCUAAAUGUCCACCACGAAUGUCCCCGAUUGUAGUAGGUACCUACUAACAGUAGUUUUAAGAAUAAAAUGGGUCACUAAUAAUAUUGAUUCGUAGGUCUUAAAUAAAUGAAAUAGAAUUUAAUAAUUUAAUUUGACUUAUCGCUGUAAGCGAACUUAUGCAAACAUAAUAGGUUUUAUUAUCUUAGUUACAUACAGAUAUCAGAGUAGGCAGUGAAAUCACUCUAUUCUCUUGCAGUUAUCAUCUUCCUCGCGUUAUCCCGGUAUUUUGCCACGGCUCAUGGGAGCCUGGGGUACGCUUCACAACUACUUGGGAUUAGUUGUCAAGCGUACCGUAAUUAAAACCAAAAUAUUACUUUGCUAAUCCGGCAACGGAAACCCGGCCGUUUCCGUUGCCGGGCGUCAGACCGUCAACAACUCCUGAGGAUAUCUCGUAGAGAGGCGAAACGCGUGUCGAGUAUUAUUCUUUUGGUGGUGUUUGUUAUUUAUUUGCGUAUUUAUUUUUGCGGUGGGAGGGUGGGAACAUUAAUUACAUGUAAAAAAUACGCAAGUAAGUAUAACGGGUUAGCACUGAUUGACUAGCACGUUAUCUUUUACGCGGAUUAACAAAGUAAUAUUUUGGUUUUAAUUAAUAUGGAUUUCCGCAAAGUAACGCCUGAUUCUAUUCACUAUU